ACCUGUGUUCACAUCUGCCAUCUUCAUCAACCCCGGCCUACAUCGCUUGCCUUCACCAGGACUUGUGCUCGUGCGUUUUUCAGCAUCCUUGCUCUCUAAACGGACAGAAACUCAACUUCGCUCUUCUCAACUCUACUCCACUCAACUCCCAGAUUCUAUAAUGGCUAAGGUUCUAUGGGCUGCGUUCGUCGCCAUGGCUGCGUUCUUUGUUUUGGCUGACUCCCUGAAGUGUAAUCAGUGUAGCGUAGGCAUCCUGGGCAUUUGUCUCUCUACCUCGGAGCAGACCUGCACUGGCACAGAGGACAGGUGCUAUUCUGGAAAAGCAGAGUUCAACAUCACCGGGGCUCUGAACUUCGAGACAAGGGGAUGCAUGGUCAACACCUCCUGCGUGUCCACCACGGGCACCGUGCUGGGCGCAGGCUACACCGUCACCCGCACAUGCUGCAGCACAGACCUGUGCAACGGCGCCACCGCACCCCAGCUGUCCACCACCACCACCCUGGCUGCUGCCCUGCUGGUCUUGGCCUGGGCCAAGGGAAUGUUCUAGAUUCUAGAAUGCUCUAUAUGUUCUAGAAUUGUUGGACAGGAGAACGUUCUGGAACUUUUGUAUACAGUAUGAGUAGUGGAAUGUUGGAGAGCUGUGACCAACUGUAUGGUACUUUUUACCAUCCUACAAUGGCCAAACUCUUUAUCUCACCACAGUGUGAAAGUGAGAAAAUAUGACAUGAAAUGAAAAUAUAUUGCCUAUGAAUAUGAAUAUGAUCUUUGCUUCUUGCACAUCUACUUUUUGUCCUCAUCAAACAAAAGAAAAAAUGUUAGGCUGGAUAUACAGUUACACAAA